AUGGAGAUAGGGAGGCUAACUCAGCUUAAUGCACUUGAUUUGAGCCAUAAUCAUCUUGUUGGAGAAAUAACCCCUUAUCUUGCCAAUUUGAAGAGCUUGGUAAGCUUAAAUCUUUCCCACAAUGGCCUCUCUGGCCAUAUUCCUGAAGAACUUGAAAGUUUGACUGGUUUGCUAUAUGCCGUGUUGUCAUACAAUGAGUUGGAAGGUCCAAUCCCUCAUAAUAAAGCUUUUAUCAAUGCCUCCUUGGAGGGAAAUAAAGUGAAUAAGCAGUCAGUGGCGAAGAGACGUAAACUCAUCCUCAUCACUGUACUUCCUGUUAUGGGAGCACUAGUACUACUCUGUGCUUUCAUUGGUGUUCUCUUUAUUUAUGAUAAAAGAAGGAAAGUUAGAGACGUUGAAAGACGUGAUGAUGGUUGGAUUUCGAUAUCCAUGUUAGAUGGAAAGGCAUUGUACAGAGAUAUCUUAAACGCCACAGAGGAGUUUGAUGCUACAUUUUGCAUCGGUCAAGGAGGGCAUGGUAGCAUUUACAAGGUAAACCUUCCAUCAUUAGGGAAUAUAGCUGUGAAGAGACUUCAUUCUUCAUUUGAGAAUACACAUCCCAACAGCUUUAUGAAUGAAGUAAGGGCAUUGAUUGGGAUUAAGCACCGGAACAUCGUGAACCUCUACGGCUAUUGCUCGAAUGCACAAAACUCGCUGUUGGUUUACGAUUAUGUGGAGAGGGGGAGUUUUUCUAGUAUUUUGAGCAAUGAAGUUGAGUCUAAGAAAUUGGAUUGGCUUAAAAGGGUGAAUAUCAUCAAAGGUGUUGCUUAUGCUUUAUCUUCCUUGCACCAAGAUUAUUCACCAUCGAUUGUUCAUCGAGACAUAUCAAGCAGUAACAUUUUGCUUGAUUCUGUGUAUGAAGCUCGUGUUUCAGAUUUUGGCAUAGCUAAGCUUCUCAAGCCAAACUCAUCCAAUUGCACCACACUUGCAGGCACGUAUGGCUAUGUUGCACCUGAGCUUGCAUAUACAAUGAAGGUUACACAACUGUGUGAUAUCUAUAGCUUUGGAGUAUUAGUAUUGGAGAUAAUCAAAGGAAAUCAUCUUAGGGAAUACAUUAUUGUGCUAGCAAAUUCGUCGACUAGAGAUCAUGUGCAGCUUAGCGAUUUGCUAGACGAACGCCUUCCGUAUCCUGAAGAUAGAGUAAAAGAGGUUUUGUUUUUUGUCAUCAAGCUAGCAAGUUCUUGUUUGAUUGAAACUCCAAAAUCAAGGCCAAUAAUGCACUUCAUCUCUAAUAGGUUAUCAUCAAUGAAUCCACGUCCACCUACUCAUGUAAGGCGAACUAUAUAA